GCCAUGUCAGAAAUCUCCAAACCCGAGUCAGUGACAGUGGGGAAGGAAAUCACCCUGAGCUGCCGCAUGACGGGACAUUUCCCCGGGGCGCUGAGUGUGGCCUGGCUCAGAACGCAGAGAUCAACCACAAGCGCUCGAUUUGAGGAAAAGAGCAAGAGAGACAUCCUGGUUCCUCUAGAAAACUCUGCCGAGUACAGAAUCGAGCCCGGAGCUCCCCACACACAGGACGGGAAAAGCUUCCAGCAGGAGACGAGACUCAGCUUCACCCCCUCGGUGCAGAGAGACCAGGGGGCCAAGUUCAUCUGCCGGGUGGGACACGUCACCCUAGAGAUCCCCCUGGAGAGAGACACUGGGGAGCUGCACGUGGCAGAGCCACCACAAGCUCCAGUUCUUCGCGAGAUCUCCCGGCCGCAGGUCCUGGCCCCCGGGAAGCAGGUCACACUGAUCUGCUACAUAUCCAGGUUCUACCCCAAGGAGCUGAGCGUGACCUGGUACCGACGGGGAAGGGGAGAGUCGGCGUUCAGGUGCUUAGACAAGCCGGACACCCACGAGAUUGUCACCCCAGACCCCACAGCCGCGCCAGACAGGAAAUCCUACUUCGUGAUGUCCCAGCUCUGCCUCACCCCCGUGCUGCCCGAGGACGACGGGGCAGAGUACCGGUGUUCUGUGGAACAUGAAACCCUGCAGGAGCCUGAAGGAAAAUCCACUGGGCCGCUGGAGCUGCGAGGUGGCCCCCCUCUCGAUGGAGACACGUCCGUUUUUUGACUGUCCUGCACUCACGCCACGGCCGGUGCUGGGGAGACAGAGCCAGCUGCAAACCACUCGGAGAGGAGAGAACAAACUGACCCCUUGUGAUGCUGUGUGAUCGACGUGUGACCGUGCACAGCACUGGUGUUGCCACUGUGCUACAACUGCAAGCAGGGCCGGCUCCAGGCACCAGCUUAUCAAGCAGGUGCUUGGGGCAGCAACUCCGGAGUGGGGCAGCACUUUCAGGUAUUCGUCGGCAAUUCGGCGGAGGGUCCCUCACUCCUGCUUGGAGCGAAGGACCUCCCGUUGAAUUGCCGCAGAUCGCGAUCGCGGCUUUUUUUUUUUUUUGGGCUGCUUGGGGCAGCAAAACCCCUGGAGCCAGCCCUGACUGCAAGAGAACUUGUACCAAGCACGUCAUGUCCGGCGUCACUGGGAAAGUUGUGAAUUGCUAAGUGUGGCUAUCCUGCUUAUGUGUGUAGCCCCCCGCCCCCGUUCACCGGCCCAGAAUGAGGUGGUUCGAGAUCAGGGAAGCCUGUUUGUGACCCUUUACACAACUUUAGGGGACUGGGCCUGAGCCUCCUGUGUGUGCUCUGCGUUGUGUGUCAGUGUGUUCACCUCAGACCAGACCCACUCAGACAAACCACCAGGUACAGGCUUUAUUCUGUAAAGAACAUAGAACAGGCUCACAGUCCAGCAGCCUCCUCUGCCAGCCUGCUCCGUGCUCCCAGCCCAGUCAGUGCAGAGACCCCGGGUGGGGAGAGCAGCGGGUACCUCCCGGCAGGAACCAGGCCGUUCUCCCAGCAUGCUGCAGUUUGUCGUCCUCAACUUGUCGUUCCCAGGGCUGCUGUUGAAGCGCACUGGCCCUUGGGCUACAGAUGCCUGUAUCAGUUUUGUAUGUGAAGUUAUCAAUAUUGACUGUACCCCGUAUCAGCUACACUGGCAAGCUACUGCGCCGAAACUUUCUCGCCCAGGGGUGUGAAAACUCACCCCCCCCCCCGCCAGUGCAGCAAGUCUGAGCGCUGUGAAGUGCCAGUGUAGACAGGCUCCAGUGCUGGGAACUGCGUUCCUGUGCCCCUCGUGGAGGUGGUUUACAGAGAGCGCGGCCACACUGUCCCGUUAAGGCGCUUUAAGCUGCUAAGUGUCGACUCAGGCUACGGCUACACGAGAGACUUCAAAGCGCUGCCCCCUGAGCACUCCCGCGGCAGCACGUUGAUGUGCGAGUGCACGAGUGUGGUUGUGCGUGAGACAGCUCUCCCAGCGCUUCUGGUAACCCACUGCUGCGAGGGGAGUCGCUCCGAGCUCCGGGAGCCUGUCUACACUAGCGCUUUAAAACACUCAGAGUUGCUGUGCUCAGGGGAGUGAUAUUUCUCACCCCUGAGCCAGCAAGUUAGAGCGCUGUCAAAUGUGCGUACAGACAAGGCCUCAGCCCCUGUGUUUGUUCCUGAGGUAACACCCCCAGGCAGGUUACAUCCAGUCUAGGCAGCACACCGUGACUGGACUGUUCGAGUUCGAUGGCCCGUUAAAGGAAACGCCCCUAACCCUAGAGGGAGCUGGUGAGUGAGCCUUCCUGCGGGUGCCCCAGCCAGAAUCCGGGCAAUGGCUGCCGAUGAGACUCAUGUGACGUGCUCAUGUGACCCUGGACUCCAUCUUGGGCCGGUAAUUUUCCACAGACUGUGCCUGUGGGCUGUGUUUGGGACCGUAAAAUUCCCAGCACCUGGCAGAGGCCAUAAAAGACCCUGAGACAUCUGCAAUUGGGCUUCGUGUCCUGCUCUGAUUCUCCGGACUGUGGAUUUACAGCUACAAGGGUCAUUUGAACUGGGGACUGAGGCCCAUCCAGUCUUUUGGAAGUUGGCUACAAGACUUUACAAGCCAGCCGUCUAGUCCAUCCCUGCUACAGGCCUGAUCCAAGAACACGCCAUUGUUGUAGGCAUAUGAGCUAUUAACCAUGUGUAACGCUCGUCGUCUUCUCUUCUCUAUGAAUAAACCUUCAGCUAUUAACUACUAACGGGCUGGC